AUGAGGCAUCGGCAGUUAAUCGUAAGGAAUUGCGUCAACGGUCGAGCGCCACUUGUCAGAGUCAACUGCCUUAUCGAAUGUGGGCCAUCUCCCAUAUUGUGUAUUAGGUACGGGGCACAGAGCAUCAGCCAGUAUGACAAGGGAUCGAUUAGGCGUUAA